CCCCUCACCCCCCCCCCCCCCAACCUCCCCCACACACACACACACAUACGCAACGAGCCAAAGUUGAGUUAUUUUUGAAGACGUGAACUAAAAUCUACCAGCCGGGAGUCAAACGUUUCAGCCUCAGAUGAUGAUGUCCUGCUGGACUCCAAGCGGAACAUGACGUUGCAGAGGAUGGGUGGAGUUGAUGGCGUUGUAGAAUGACUUACUGUAUUGUUGAUGCUGAAUGGUGACAACACAAAAAAAAGGCAAUGGAGUACAGUGAGAGAGUGCUUUGUGGGACUGGUGAGGUGGAGCUGGAUCCUAACAUUGUCAGCGAGGAAGCGGGGAAGCUCUACGCUGAACUGCAGACAGUCAUCGAGACCCACGGUGAAGGAGUGGUGGAGUCCCUGGUGCCCAUAUUUGUGUGGGUGCUGGAGGGGUUGGCCGGCUGCAAAGCCCAGCUGAGAGAAAGGGAGGACGAGGCGGAGAGUGAAAAAGCCGAACGUGAGCGGCUGCUGGAGCGAUACCAGGUUGAGAAGGCGCUGAGGAAAGAAAGUCAAGAGAGGUAUUUAGAGCUGGACGACCAAAUAGAGCAGGAAAGGAGAGCCAUGAGAGGGAGGGAAAAGGAGCGAGAACGCAGGGAAAGACACCUGGAGAAGAAAGCCAGGGAGCAAGCAGAUCAGUUGGUGGCCUUGGAGGAGCAGAAGUCGGUCCUGGGUCGAGAGCUGAGCACACUGAGGCUCGCCCACAACAAGUUGUCUCACUCAUAUCGGGAGCUGACGGAAAAGAAGAAGGACUCAGAAAGCGAUUCGCCCCUCAGGUUGAAUCACACACGGCACAAAAACACAGAAUUCCCAUCCAGCCACACCUUUUCAGAGGCCAGUACGCACGAGAAGCGGCCAUAUUCCAACUCUGGUUCGGCGUGUUUGGAAGAUCUGGAAUCUAGCCAAGAACGGGCCAUCGUGACGUCCGCCUCGGAUCGGUUGGUCAACGACAUCAUAAGCUCCACUCCUGAGCUGAGACAGUUCCAUGGCUCCUUGGAGGAGGCUGGCAGCACUCUGGCAGAAGCGUCUGAGACCAGCUUGGAGGAUGAGAUCAAGGAGGGGAACUUGGAAGCUGAAAGAACGGGAGGAGAGAAGCAGGAAGAAGAAGAAGAAGACGAGGAUGAGGAGGAGGAGGAGCUGGAGGAAGACAGCAUGGAUUGGGAGCGACGCAACACAGACUCUGUUUUCUCUGAGUUGUUGGAGCUGAGUCAGGAUUUAGUGGAGAGUGUUGACCGAGGGGCCUGCAUCAGAGGCAGCACUGACCAGUUUGAGGAGAUUCUUUCUCAGUAUGAGGAACUGAAAGUCACCCAUGAGUUGGUAGACGCCGCUCGCAAGGCUCUGAUCUCCCGGGUGGUGGAACUGACAGACGACCGUUCCGCUCUGAAACUAGAAGUGGCCUCUCUCCGGGAAACGGCAUCCCGACUAGAAGGCCGGAUGAAGGAGAAAGAGGACGAAGUGAAAAGGCAUCGAGAGAAAUUGGAAACUCUUCAGUCAUCAGAUCCUGAUGCCUCACUAAGCACAUCCAUGCGCCACUUUUCCCGCUCUGAAAUGGCUCGUGUGGUCAUGGAGAAGAACCAGUAUAAACAGCGGUUGUUUGAACUGCAGGAGGCCAUUAGGCAAAGCCACACACUCAGAGCAACAAAAGAAGAAAGACUCUCAGACGAGAGAAGGUCAAGCCUUUGGGUAAAGUUCAAUCGCUUUUUCGGCCUGACCAAACAACCGCUGAUCCUACCUCCUGCAACUUUGCCACCCCUGACUCGCCCUCCUCUGGCGCUUCAACAACAGGAAACUCAGGCAGAAUCAUCUGCUCCUGCUGCUUUAUCACCCCGUGCCAGGAGGAGGGAACUGUACAGGGAAAUUCGUUCGCACAUAUGGGGAACGCUCGGAAAAGGUCAGCUCCACGGCUGGAGCGUGCCACAGGCUGACACGCAGGAAUCUCAGGAAGCCGUCCCAGAGCCCAAAGAUGUGCCGGUCCUAACGCAGCUCCGACUCUUGGACCAAAGAGACUCCACUGCAAAGCUGAACUGUGCGGUUGCAGUCCCGCCUGAGAUCUCAGGAGAGGCCACAUGCUCUGUGUGGGUCGUGUCUGGCCCCGCCUCCAACAGCGACGUGACAGUGAUCGACCCCACUCGAUCCAACACUGUUCUGGAUCGUUUCAGCCUCCCUCCCACAGCUCCUGCCCUCUGCAUCUGUGCCGUGCCCCCUGUAGGCGACUCUCCAGGAACUGUGUGGAUUGGAACUCAGGAAGGAAGCAUAGUGAUACAUUCGGCCUCUGCAGGCAGGGGGCGGUGUCUUUUCUCUGUACCCCUCUCAGAAAGCGUUCAUUCACUCAUGUACUCCCAGGGUCAAGUAAUCGCUGGCUUAAGUGACGGGACUUUAGCCUUCUUCUCCAGUAGUUCAGGUGGCUGGAAUGUGCAGUCGCAUUCAGUGAUGCCACUGGGAUCAAACCCCGUGCAGCCUGUUCGCUGCUGCCUUGCCAAAGGUAGCCGCUUGUGGGUGGGAUAUUGGAACAGAGUUCAUGUGGUUGACCUUCACAGCAGAAAGGUGGAGCGUGUUUUUCCGGUCUCUGAGCGCAGCGAGCAGCAGGUUCGUUUCCUGUGUGCUGGGGGAAGCGGCGUUUGGACCGCAUGCAGACUCGACCCCGUGCUCAGGCUGUUUGACUGGUCCACUGGACGGCCGCUGCAGGAAGUGGAUCUAACUGCCCUCGUGACCAAAUCAUUAGGCCAAGCUUUCCUGAUGCUCUCACCUCUUCAGAUCUCCUCCAUGGAGGUCACCUCCGGCCGCCUGUGGGUGGGCACAGGGGGCGGUGCCAUCUUCUCCAUCCCCUUGUCGAUAACGUCUGCAGCCGUGUCCAUCCCGUAUUGCAGCGUGGCCGCCGCCCAGCUGUGUUACCACGGUCACAGACAAGCGGUCCGCUUCAUCAUUGCUGCACCUGGUUGCUUGAUGACCUCGCCUGGCAAAGGCGUUACGCCCGCUCAGCUUAUCAUCAGUGGAGGAGAGGGCUACAUCAACUUCCGCAUUGGAGACGACGCGAGCGAUGAGUCAGUCGAGCUGUCUCAAGCGACACCGCAGCGAUCCCAACGCAGUCACAUGAUCAUCUGGCAGAAUCCCGCCCUGGCCGUGUCCAGCUCUGCCCUCUGACAUCUCCUGGAUGCAACAGACUUUUCGGCAGAUUCGGCCCAAAAAAAAGCCUUUUGUGCCUUUUCCUGUAUGGUGGCAUUAUGCAAAUGUGUCCUGUUGGUUUUCCCUCCACUGCUACUUCAUAAGAGACUAAAGUCUGGGUUUUCUGUACUGACAUACACUUUAUCAUGCACUCAUCUGCACGACGUUUGCAUCAUGAGCGCCAACUUGUGAUUCAACUGGAAGCAGGUCAAAAUAAUCAGGUUUACUUUUUUUA